GUUAAUUAAUGAAUGUGCUGUUGUUUUGUUUUCACCAGACACACUAAGGGAGUACUUUCACAAGUUUGGGGAAAUCAAAGAAGCGCAGGUGAUGAAGGAUCCGACCACACGGAGAUCAAGGGGUUUUGGAUUCGUGACCUUUGUUGACCCGGAGAGUAUUACCAAGGUUAUGGACAGUAAGCCACACCAUAUAGAUUCUAAAGGGGUGGACCCCAAGGUCGCUGUGCCCAAAAAGUUGAACCCUAAGUUGGUGACGAAGACGAAGAAGAUUUUUAUCGGGGGUCUGUCGUCCACUACCACGAUUGAUGACUGCAAGAAAUACUUCUCACAGUAUGGAAAG